UUUUAAUGUAUAUAUACACACAUUAAUGGUAACGAACAUUGACAGUAGUUAAAGGCUUUUCCUGUACGUGCAUUUGUCGAAAAUGGAGGACGAGAAGGAAACCUUUUCUGUUGAAGUUGAAAGAUCUCGCAGAGAUAAAUCCGGGUAUUAUGUAAGAAAACGGACAGCUGUUAUAGUCGUGGUAGCGAUCGUGCUUUUAAUCGUACUCGUUGGAAUAGUAGCAGCAUAUUUAGGCCCAGGAAAACGAAAACACAGCACAGUUCACGGGUCUUCAAAUCAAGGUUCUAAAGGGAAGGUAACGACAAAAGCACCUCCACAAACCCCCACAAAGUCCCCCACGAAGCCCCCCACGAAAGCCGCAAGCACCACACCAGCAGCUACCACACCGACCCGGUCACCCGGACUUUACCAGAACAUCCGGUUGCCGACCUUCGUCAAACCUUACCAUUAUGACGUGGAGCUUACAAUCGACUUGAAAAAUGAGUCGUUUACCGGAAAGUCCACCGCCUUUGUCGAUGUAACAAAAGCUACCAAUGAAGUUGUCAUACACAUUAAUUCGAUGAUGAUACAGAAGGCCGAGGUUACAAACCAGGCCGGUACGAAAAUCGCGGCAUCAGAGACUUUUGAGUACAAGAAGAAUGAUUACUAUGUAUUCAAAUUUGCCAGCUCCUUGGCAGUUGGCAAGUACCAGCUUUAUUUUGAGUACAGUGCGAAGUUAGCAACUGAUCUGAAAGGCUUGUACAGGAGUACAUACAAGAAGAAGGACGGCACACCUGUCACCAUCGCAGCGACUCAGUUCCAGCCAACAGAUGCGCGCCGGGCCUUCCCGUGCUUUGACGAGCCAGCUUUGAAAGCUACGUUCAAUAUGUCUUUGGCCCAUGACCCUGCGUUCAUUGCAAUCACAAACAUGCCGAAGAUAGAUACAGAAACAAAAGGUGCAUUCGUCCUGGACAGAUUUCAAAAAACUGUUGUGAUGCCGACUUAUUUGCUUGCGAUUGUCGUGUGCGACUUUGGGGAGAAGCGUAUGGUUUCAACUAGCGGAGUCAAUAUGACAUACUAUGCGCCAAAAGACCAAGUCGAUCAGCUUCUGUACGGCUCAGAUGUUGGAACAAGAAUUCUUCCCUAUUUUGAGGGCUAUUACAACAUCUCUUACCCUUUGCCAAAAGCAGAUAUGAUUGCCAUACCUGAUUUUGCUGCUGGUGCUAUGGAGAACUGGGGUCUAAUUACAUAUCGCGAAACAGCGCUGUUGUACUCACCAGGGAAAUCAUCGGAGAGUAACAAGCAAAGAGUUGCUGUUGUUGUAUCUCAUGAGCUUGUUCAUCAGUGGUUUGGAAACCUGGUUACUACAGAGUGGUGGUCAGAUCUCUGGUUGAAUGAGGGUUUUGCAAGUUACGUCGAGUAUUUUGGAGUUAACUAUGUGGAACCUUCAUGGCGCAUGCUUGAACAGAUUGUGAUCAACGACCAGGCCUCUGCAUUCGCAGCUGACGCAUUAGUGACGUCACAUCCGAUUUAUGUUCCUGUCAAUCAUCCAAAUGAAAUCAACGAAAUUUUCGAUUCAAUCUCAUAUCAGAAGGGAUGUGCAAUAUUGAUGAUGUUGGAUAACUUCUUGGGGAAAGGCAUCUUUCAAAAAGGAUUAACGAGCUAUUUAAACAAAUACAAGUUCGGAAAUGCAAAAACAGUUGAUUUGUGGGACUCAUUGGCAGAGGCAACCGGCAACAAAAUGGACGUGAAAGGAAUCAUGAACACGUGGACACUUCAAAUGGGCUUUCCCGUUGUAACCGUUUACAAAAACGGGACAGUCACGCAGAAACGAUUCUUACUGGAUCCGAAUCCGGAUUAUUCCAAAGAAAAGUACAAUUCAUCGUACAACUACAUCUGGCAGAUACCGUUCCAAUACCAGACUUGUCCCAAGACCGAUGGUUCAAAUUGCACUUUGAAGCCUAUUAAAUGGAUGAACACUACCACUGACACGAUCCAAGCAGCUGGAACGAAUUUCAUCAAAGGAAACGCUGGACAGUUUGGAUUUUAUCGAGUCAACUACGACUCUGCUGGAUGGGCCGAUAUCAUAAACAAGAUGAACAGAAGCCGGAAUGAUUUGGAGCCAAAAGACAGAGCAGGGUUGCUAGGUGAUGCAUUUGCGUUGUCAAGAGCUGGGCUCCUCAGCUACCAAACGACUUUGAACCUGUUUGACUACAUCGACAAGGAAAAGGACUAUAUUCCAUGGGCGGCUGCAAAUGCUGGGAUAUCAUAUGUUGGCUCACUAUUCUCAAAGACAAGCAAAGCUGGAAGAAAUUACCCUAAAUAUAUCCAAAAGAAGAUAACCCCAUUGUACAAUGAGCUGGGAUUCAAAGAGAGCACUGACCCAAAUACAAGGCAUUUAGAAACUUACUUAAGGCUCAUCAUACUGGGUAAGGCUUGUGGAAGUGGCAUGACUGCGUGCUUAAACAGGGCCAGUCAAUACUUCAAGGACUGGAUGCAGGAUCCAGUAAACAAAACCGUUCCAGCAGAUCUUCGUUCUUUGUCAUAUUUCUACGGGAUCAUGAACGGAGGAGAGGCUGAGUGGGAUUUCGCUUUCAAACAAUACCAAACCACAACACUAGGAACCGAGCGAAUCAAACUGCUCUACGGAAUGUCUGCUAUCCAAGAACCAUGGAUGAUUGAAAGAUAUCUCAAUUACUCCCUUGAUGAUACAAAAGUGAAGUCCCAAGACACGUCAUACAUAUUCUCCUACGUCUCAAACAACAAUCCGAUUGGUAGAUACUAUGCUUGGUAUUUCUUAAAAAGCAACUGGGACCGAAUCAGGAAAAAAUUCGGUGGUGGGUUCUUCGCUAUGCGGAGAAUUUUCUCGAGUGUGACAUCAGGGUUCAAAACCGACUACGAACUGAAACAGUUCGAUGACUUUGUUGCGACGAUCAAAGACGCGGGAACUGCCGCGCGGACAAUCACACAAUCACGUGAACAAAUAAAAGCUAACAUCGCCUGGUUGAAAAGAAACGAGAAGACAAUCGCUGAUUGGUUAGAAGCCCAUGCCAGUUAAAUGAAGGCCACUGGUAGCUUCCCUGCUGUUUUGAGAAAGGAAAAAGUAGCCUGCAUUUGGCACUAAAACUUUGUAUCAGAUUUUGAUUUGAGCUGCACCAGAAAAAUAAUAAUUGACAUUAAAUACACUAAUCUUGAAUAACUUUGUGUAAUUAUAAAUAGUAUGUAUAAACGCUCAUGAUUUGAUCCAUAAUCUUUUUGUUCAACAGUAAUAAAUUUCCAACAAAAUC